AUGAACCAACAGGGGCGAGAGUUUGCGAAACUGCUAGCCAAACAGGCCCGAGUGUUCGGCCAGUCCGGCCCAGGACGAGGCGGCAAGUCCAACUUCGGCGGUGGGUCAUCAGGCGUCGGGAAUUCCCUGGUUGGGGCCGGUGGGCUACUGCUCCUUGGUGGGGCGGCAAUCACCCUGAACUCGGCACUCUUUAACGUCGAUGGAGGCCACCGGGCCAUCAAGUAUACUCGAAUUCAUGGGGUCAAACCGGAUGUAUAUGGGGAAGGAACUCAUUUUGUGAUCCCUUGGUUGGAGACCCCGAUCAUCUAUGAUGUUCGGGCGAAACCUAGAACAAUUGCAUCCCUCACUGGCACGAAAGAUCUCCAGAUGGUCAAUAUCACUUGUCGAGUUUUAUCCCGCCCUAACGUCGACUCCCUGGCAACGAUAUAUCGAGAACUUGGCUCGGAUUAUGAUGAGCGCGUAUUGCCCAGCAUAGUAAAUGAAGUGCUAAAAUCGGUAGUAGCCCAGUUCAACGCAUCCCAACUGAUUGGUCAACGAGAGAUGGUCUCCCGGCUUGUUCGAGAAAACCUUACCCGUCGAGCCUCCCGCUUCAACCUCACGCUAGACGACGUUUCGAUCACCCAUGUCACUUUCUCGCCUGCUUUCAGUGAGGCGGUCGAGAGCAAACAGAUUGCUCAACAAACCGCCCAACGAGCUGCCUUCCUGGUCGAUCAAGCCAUCCAAGAAAAACAGGCCACUAAAAUUCGCGCUCAGGGUGAGGCUCGGAGUGCAGAGUUGAUUGGUGAGGCUGUCAAACAGAAUCGAGGGUUCUUGCAACUCAGAAGGCUCGAAGCUGCACGUGAGAUUGCUGGGGUGGUUGCCCAAAGUGGGAACAGACUGAUUCUGGACUCAGACACAUUAAUGUUAAAUGUCAAUGAUGAAUCCCUCAACCGACAAAAAAAGUGA